GAGGAGCCGGGGGCUGUCUGUGGGUGAACUCUCCCACACAAAGGAGAGGAAACAAAACAAAGCCAGGAAGCUGUGACAUUAACUCGGAAUUCACUUAUUCUCCUGUACUCACAUCCAGAAGACAGAACCAUUGGUUUGCUUCUAAUCUUGUUUUUAAGACUUGGGAAAGCGGCUGCUGCUGGAAGGGGAAACACUAGCACCUUUGGGACAUGGUGAGACAGCAUUUAUGCGCACUCGAAAGUGAUCUCUCCUGAUCGAUCCAUGCAGAAAGCGUGCGGUGGCGUCUCCUGCUGAGUCAGCUGGCCGCGGGAUGAUGAACGGGAGUCGGCGCAGCGCAGCCGACUGUCCGGGGGGCGGUGCCUCGGGUGUCUCCUCCGUGGAGGGGCUGCCGCCGCUGCCCAAAGGCCUUAGCGGCAUCCUGAACUCCAGCGGCGGGUCGUGGCGGGACAUCGAGAAGGUCCACAGCAAGAGAGCGCGCAUCCAGGCCGACAUCAACCGUGGCGGCGGGGACGCGCCGCGCGGUCACGGCAAGCCGGGAGGACUGGACGCUGCUCUGGCUCUGCUGCGCAAAGAGAUGGUUGGUCUGCGUCAGCUGGACAUGUCUCUGCUGUGUCAGCUGUGGUCCCUCCAUGAGUCCAUCCAGGAAUUUAAGGGUUCCUCGCUGCUGUCCGAGGCCUCGCUCUCUGCUGAUAAUGGAUCCUCAGAUGAAGACGAGGAAGAUGAGGAGGAGACAGGAGUUCUCUCACAGCCUCCAUCCUCUUCAUCCAUGUCUCUGCCUCCACCCAGCAGCAACUCAAGGGACCAGUGGAUCAAGGACUCCUUUCAUAUUCCCUGAUAAAGUUAAACACACACACUCAAACACGCUCCAUGCACUGUGGAGACAUCUUACUCUACCUUUAUGUGCCAUUUUCACCUGUUUUUAUGCAACGCAUCUCUGUCCAGACUGUUUUUCUGGCUGUGGGUCAAUUAAAACGACAGCAACUGGAUAGCUUUGCAGUCCAGAGCAUUAAUUGGCUUUUUAUUCACUUAUAAUCUUUGAGUAAGAUUGCGUAACCUUCAUGCUACUAUGCUGCUUGCUUGUCGUUGAAUUUGACCUGCUUUAUAAGAAUUAUUUUUAGGCCUUAUUCCACUUUUCAUACAUCUGGUGCCUGAUUGUGGUUUCCUGAUAAAACCAGCCUUGCUGUUCUGUCUGUGCAGGACAAUCUUCCCCACCACACAGUGUGCUCUGCCAGUUAGUGUCUUAACAAGAAAAGAGCUGUCUUUAAAUAGCCAAACUGUCUGGGUUUCUGUGAGCGUUUGACACAGUAAACACAUUUUCUAAACCCCAGUUUGAGAAGCAAUCAUCGCAAAUCAUGUUUAGCUUGUCAUUUUGUGAAAUGAGACAAUUUAUGAAUAUGCCCAACCUGACAUGUCCUGUUGAAUAACAAGUAGCACAAAGUAUAUGUAGUGCUAUCUUCGCUGCCUUUAAUACGUUUUUGAAUCCAUUUCGUGGCUGUUGCUCCUGUUUCAGCAGGAAAAAAACACCUGAAAAGGAGACUUUUGGAUCUCAGUGAUGAUAAUGUGUUUGUUUAAUACAGUUGUUUACUGUUUAGGUAUAUUAAAUGAAGUUGUUCUUCUUUUAAAGACUUCAUCAAUCCAGACUCAUGGCAAACCUGGAAAAAAAAUUAACGUUGUGUGAUUAUUCUUUGCUGCAGGCAUAUUAAGCUGUCAUUAAAUGCUCAUAAAAUCGAGGAGUUUUUUUUAAGUAUUAUGCAAAUGAAAGCAACUCCUUAAUGCAAUUUUUAAUAUUUUUUCUCAGUGGAUUUUUCUACUUAUAAAGAGUGUUUUAUUUUUACUUUUUCAGCCUACACUUUUAGCUGUGUCUGAUGUGCAUGUGACUAUCAAAUGGGUGCACAGUCUUUUUUUUUCUAGAUUGGCAAAUGCGUUGAAAAGCCAUUAAAUGACUUGUUUUGUAUUUACAACUUAAAAUAAAAACCGACGUGUACACCA